GUCGCCGCCCCCCCCCCCGCUCCCGUGUCCUCUGCAUGGACUUCAUGUUUGUAUCUCACCAUGGCCCCAGUCGUCUGGUAGCUGCUGCUGCUGCAGGCUGUGUUCGCUCCCAUGGCCGGAGCUGGCUACAAGUGUCCCGUCUCCCUGGCCGUGUUCAAGCGCUCUCUGUCGGUGGCGCCGCGCGGCUGCGGUGGGUCCGCUCCGCGGUCCCUGCUGCCGGGCUGGAGGCUCGGGGAGCGCGGCCUGCAGGAGGCCGCCCGCCCCUCCAGCGCCGUGAGAGCCGCCAGCUUUUACCGACACAGCGCCUUCUUCUGUCUCUCCUGCCAGGAGUCCAUGAGCGACAGUCUGCGGACCUGCUACCUGUACCUGAACCAAACCAGCCGGAGCUUCGCGGCCGUGAUCCAGGCGCUGGACGGGGAGCUGAGACAUGCAGUUUGUAUUUUCUACUUGGUGCUGCGAGCGCUGGACACAGUGGAAGAUGACAUGAGCAUCCCCCUGGACAAGAAAGUCCCCAUGCUGAAUAAUUUCCACACCUUCCUGUACCAGGACGAGUGGUGCUUCAACGAGAGCCAGGAGAAAGAUCGGCAGGUCCUGGAGGAUUUCCCCACGAUAUCACUGGAAUUCAGAAACCUUGCUCAGGAAUACAGAGACGUCAUCUCCGAUAUCUGCCAACGUAUGGGAGUGGGAAUGGCCGAGUUCCUGGAGAAGAAAGUGGGAUCCAUGAAGGAGUGGGACCAGUAUUGCCACUAUGUGGCCGGGCUGGUCGGCAUUGGCCUGUCUCAGCUCUUCUCUGCGUCCCAGCUGGAGGACCCUGAGGUGGGGCAGGACACCGAGCUGGCCAACUCCAUGGGCCUGUUCCUCCAGAAGACCAACAUCAUCCGGGACUAUCUGGAGGACACGCAAGUGGGACGAGCCUUCUGGCCACAAGAGGCUUGGAGUCAGUUUGCCGUUCGUCUUGAGGACCUGGCCCAGCCGGACAAGCUGGAGUCGGCUCUGUCGUGUCUCAACCUGCUGGUCACCGAUGCCCUGCGACACGUCCCAGAUGUUAUCGCCUACCUGUCGCGGCUGCGCAACCAGAGCGUCUUCAAUUUCUGUGCUAUUCCACAGGUGAUGGCGAUAGCUACAUUAUCAAAAUGCUACAACAACCCCAUGGUGUUCCAGGGAGUGGUAAAGAUCAGGAAGGGACAGGCUGUCACCCUCAUGAUGGAGGCCACCAACAUGAGAGCUGUGCACACCAUCAUCAGCCAGCACAGCCAGGAGAUCUUACAGAAGGUCUCCCUCACCGACCCGUCACGGGACAAGACCCUGCACAUCCUGGCUCUGAUCCGAGAGAAGUCCGCGCUGUCGCAGUCCACCCUCCCCUCCAGGACCCACCACCUGUCGCCUAUGUACCUGUCCGCCGCCAUGCUGCUGGCCGCCCUCAGCUGGCAGUACCUCAGCACCACUGCGGCACAGGCCCAGGGCACCGGCAACAUGCAGGGACAGUGAAACCCCUUCCCCCUCACCUUCCCUGUGGGUGCUACAGACUCAGAAACCCCCUCUGCCCACUCUAGAGGUCUGGCUCUCCUCUCACUCGAGGACUCCGACGCACCUUUUCCCUCACUUUCUCCUCGUUGAUAUGGCCGUCACAGGACCAUGGACACACGUAGACUGCAGGGGGCGCUCUUGUAGCAGACUGGUCUCAUUAGGUUUGACGGUGAUUUGUCGUCGUCCUCCUGCAUCUGGAUUCAUUAUCACACACAGUGUUGUGUGGUUAUAUUCACCAGCAUAAAUGGCACAUUGAAACAAUUCAGGGGUGUUUUAUCAUCAUUUCAUGUUUACGCUGAUCAUGUGUUUCCUCUUUUUUUGGAAUACUUAAAAAACAUUUUGACCCAUUGUUUGGAUUGAUUGAAAUUAUUGAGCAUAUGUGAAUAUUUCAUAUAAUAUUUCAUAUUUUCUCUUUUGAAUGAAAUGUUUAAAUAUGCUAAACACGACACUGCCUAUUUUAGGAUUUAAUAAUCGCAGUCACCAACCUUCAUCAAGUUGUAUUUUAAUAACUCCCUCAAAUCCUAUUUUUAAUAUCAAAUCAAUGUGAGCUUAAAGGAGACAUAUCAUGCUCAUAUUCAGGGUUAAUACUUGAAUAGGUUUACAUGCUCUAAUGUUUAGGAAACUUUCCUCAUACUGUCCAUUACGGCAGCUCCUCUCUUUAGCCUCUGUCUGAAACGCCUGGUAGGAUAAAUGUCGCUCUUGCUUUACCUGGAUUUUUUAGAAAUUCGAAUGGGAUUAUAGAGGAAGAGCCCUAGCGUGCAUUAUUAUGCAAAUGUCAGACUAUCAACGAAGUGUUUUAGAAGCUUCGGUGUUUUUGUUGGGAGAGAGAAGUUUCCUUUACCAAGACUUUUUAAACUUUUUAACAAACAUAUGAAAAACACACUGGAGGAAAGAAACACUGAAAAACCAUAAUAUGUCUUCUUUAAUAUUCCACUUAUGUUUCUGUAGGAGAAACUCUUUAACUGUUACAGCAGUGCACUUCUCUCAUUAGCACUGUGUGUAUGUGCUGCGUAGAUGUGUGUAGCAUCCCAACACUCUUCUGUCUUUGCUCGUUCUGCUCCAGGUACUUUGUAAUAGGAGGAAGAAAAGGAAGAAGAAGAACAGUAUAAUUCUGAGGUGGCUUCGUCAGACUGUUGGUGUGAAUUGUAUUGAACAAAUAUAAUGUCUUUGAUGAUAUGUGAGAGAGAAACGCAUAUUGAGACUGCUAUAGCUGAAGUGUCCUUAAAGCAGCUUUGGUGAGUAGAAAGGCCGGCACACAGAAACCUUGCACCGAACCAAAGGAGAGCUACAAACAUUGCUAUGUAAUGUGAAACUUUGAUUUGUAUAUAUUUGAACAAAUAAAGAGUUGAAAUUA